AUGGGCCGAGCCCUCCUCGUCGGUUUGCUAGACGCUCUUGGCCAGCCAGACACCAAUGAGUUCACUCCCCUCGUGUCUCGCUUCAUUUUAUGCACCAAGACUGAAGCAUCAGCUCAGUCUCUCCAUAAAGAGCUCCCUUCAUCUUCUUUCCUGGUCGACAUAUUCCAUGCCAACAACAAGGCCGCGGUGGAGCAAGCAGACGUCGUCAUCCUUGGCUUCAAGCCAUUCAUGGCUACUGAAGUCCUCCAAGCUCCAGGAAUGCGACAAGCUCUUGAGGUCAAACUCAUCAUCAGCAUGUUGGCCGGUAUGGAUUGCCAGCAGAUCGGAGACGUUAUUACUGCCGGUAACGGAGAGGCGCCGCCUAUUGCUCGGGCGAUCCCAAACAUCGCUGCCCGUUACCGCCAGUCCAUCACGAUCCUGGAGCAGACAGAACCUCCUCUGUCGUCGAAGCAUUCGGCUAUGAUAGAACGAAUAUUUGGUCUCGUCGGCAAUGUCAAGUGGCUUCCCACACAUCUUGUCAACCUAGGCACCGUAUUGACAACAGCCUGCCUGGCAACACUAUCCAUCCCUCUGGACGGCCUUUUGGACGGUUCUGUUGUUCAAGGUCUGCGACGCCAGGAUGCGCUGGAACUUGUUGCACAUGGCGUCGCUGGUCUUUCGUCAUUGUUGUCAAACGGUGCUCAUCCCGCGCUCAUGAGAGAGAGCAUCUCGUCUCCUCGAGGAUGCACCAUCCAAACCCUGAUGACUGUAGAAAAGGCUGGGGCUCGGGUGGCGUUCGCACAAGCAUUGAUGGAUGGUGUACAGCAUUUAGACAGUCUCAAGUCCAAGGACGAGUCCAAAUAA